GAAGAGACGGCGGGACGGAGAGACGGAGCGGGCGGGCCAGGCCAUGCUGGAGGCGCGGCGGCACCUGGCGGGAGCGUAGUGUCGAAGGGUGGCAGGGCAGCCUCAGAGCUGCUCGUAGGGCGGGGACCGACCCGACCGUACCCGACCGCGCCCGACCGCGCCGGGGCUCUGCCACCUCCGUUCACCCAUCCAUUUAUCCCUCCUUCUUUCCUCCCUUCCUUCGGCAGAAGCGGAGCGUCCGCGGAGCAGAGGAGCAUGAGCGGCGCGGUGCUGGUCUGGCUGGUUCUCUGCGGGAGCCUGGCGGCACCGCGCCUCACUCGAGGGGAUGCAUGUGACUCCAACCCAUGCAAAAAUGGUGGCAUCUGUCUGUCAGGGCUGAAUGAUGACUUCUACUCAUGCGAGUGUCCUGAAGGCUUCUCAGACCCCAAUUGCUCUAACGUUGUGGAGGUUGGACCCUGCCUUCCCAAUCCAUGUCAUAAUGGUGGGAUCUGUGAAAUUAGUGAAGCAUACCGAGGUGACACAUUCAUAGGAUAUGUCUGUAAAUGUCCACAGGGAUUUAAUGGGAUUCACUGCCAGCACAAUAUAAAUGAAUGUGAAGCUGAACCUUGCAAGAAUGGUGGAAUUUGUACAGAUCUCGUUGCCAACUAUUCCUGUGAAUGUCCAGGUGAAUUUAUGGGAAAGAACUGCCAACAGAGAUGUUCUGGCCCACUAGGAAUAGAAGGAGGAAUUGUGUCAAACCAACAAAUUACUGCAUCAUCCACUCAUCGGGCUCUUUUUGGACUCCAGAAGUGGUACCCAUACUAUGCACGGCUUAAUAAGAAGGGUCUUGUGAAUGCUUGGACUGCUGCAGAAAAUGACAGAUGGCCGUGGAUUCAGAUAAACCUGCAGAAGAAGAUGCGAGUCACUGGAGUUAUAACUCAAGGUGCCAAGAGGAUUGGAAGUCCAGAAUAUGUAAAGUCUUACAAAAUUGCAUACAGUAAUGAUGGGAAGUCAUGGGCAAUGUACAAAGUAAAAGGCACAAAUGAAGAUAUGGUAUUCCGAGGCAAUGUGGACAACAACACCCCAUAUGCCAACUCCUUCACCCCUCCUAUCAAGUCACAGUACAUACGGCUGUAUCCUCAGGUGUGCAGAAGGCACUGCACAUUGAGAAUGGAACUUCUGGGCUGUGAGCUAUCAGGUUGCUCUGAACCCCUGGGGAUGAAAUCAGGACAUAUACAGGACUACCAAAUUAGCGCUUCCAGUGUUUUCCGUACACUCAACAUGGACAUGUUCACUUGGGAGCCCAGGAAAGCGCGGCUGGACAAGCAAGGCAAAGUUAAUGCCUGGACCUCUGGCCACAAUGACCAGUCACAGUGGUUGCAGGUUGACCUGCUUGCCCCUACAAAAAUCACUGGCAUAAUUACACAAGGAGCUAAAGAUUUUGGUCACAUCCAAUUUGUGGGAUCCUACAAGCUUGCUUACAGUAAUGACGGGGAGCACUGGGUCACAUACCAAGAUGACAAACAAAAGAAGGAUAAGGUGUUCCAGGGAAAUUUCGACAAUGACACACACCGUAAGAAUGUCAUCGACCCUCCAAUCUAUGCCCGGCACAUCCGCAUCCUCCCAUGGUCAUGGUACGGCAGGAUCACCCUGCGGUCAGAGCUGCUGGGCUGCGCAGCAGAGGACUGAGGCAGACCUCUGCAUCUCUCGGUGUAGCUCAAGUCUCUUCGCAGAAGAAACUGCAAAGCCUGUAGGAUGCUGAGUGGGUUUUUCAUAAACAAGUGCUCAUUUUAUGGUAGGCCGCUAACUGUCUUUCACAAGGAGGUCUAAGCCUGCUCUUUAAAUGAUCCAAUCCAAUUUUGUCCUUGAAAUAUGUUAAUGUUGUCCCUUCUGCUGUGGAAUUAUCUUUCUAGUUCUCCUUUGAGUUGUUCUGACUAGUUGAAGCGUGUUAAGGAAAAACAGCAGCAUCCUUUUUACAGGGGAAGAGAAAUAGCAUGACAAAGCUCGUCUGCAGCUUUAGAAAUAUUGGGCUGACGAGUUCUCCAUAAAUCAUACUUUCAUCUUACUUGCAAAAAGUGAUACUGCAGCUUUUAGCAAUAAGUUUACUUGGGGAUGACUGCAUUAUAGUAAUUGUGCCUAUCAAACACUGUCAGUAUUUAUGACAUAUAUUUGGAAGGUAUUCUGUGGUACUGUAAAACAUAGUACCUGUUAUAUUAGAAGCUACCUUUCAUCACUUUCAUCUGAACAGAGUUUAUGUACCUAAAGGAUUUUCCUAACUAGCCCCCUGUUCUGUCUCUGUUUUGCAUGCUAUAGACAUGACCUCCAUCAUUUCAGUUUUGUAACACCAAUGAUAUUAUUUUUCCUUGAAAGAGGUGAACUGUUUGCAUAUGGAAAAAAAAAUAACCUGCUUAUCAGUAUAUUAUGAAGUUAAUGAAUUUGCCAAAGUUUAUUAAUUUUGCUUGAGAUGCAUUUUUUGAAGGAGGCUGAGAUGAGACACCAGGGUACUAGUGGUAUUUCGUCUGAAGUACCCACAUAGGUAAAGGCACUCAGAACACCAGAAAUCCUGAGCCUGUUCCUUGACUUGCCCAGCGGUAAGCCCAAAACCAUAGACAGACCUGCUUGCCCAAUUACUUUUUUCAGAAACCUCCUCAGUUUCUGUGAGGAGGUAAACAUGAAGGAAGCAAGUGCUAAAAGACACACAGAAAGAAUGACACCCUUACUGCCAGGAAGCCCUCUCCGGGGGUUCUUAUGGUGGUGCUCACAGCCUUCCUCCUAGGCAUGAAGGCAAGAGGUGCCAUAGGAGUUCAUCAAAGCUGGGCACUCAUUACCCUUCACUCCCAACUACAUCUCUUAAUACAUAUGCCAGUGAGCUACAAGAGGGUUGAUUUUUACCAUGUCUCAUCUGCAGAAAUGCUUUAUACAUGCUAUGUGUUUGGGUAUGUGUUUAUGCUAGCCAGCAUGGACCCCAGUUUAAGAAACAGGUUUUAGGAGGAAAAGUGGAGUAGUAGGGAGGACAUUCCCCCACAUGUCUCAGUUUCCCUUGAUGAUGGAGAUAACACUACGAACCUUUGCACAACACUCCAAGCUCCUUUUAAGUAAAGUGCUCUGUGACUAUGUUAGUGUAGCACCCAAGUCUAAAAAAAUCCCAGGACAAGGACUAUGGGAACACUUUAUCUGUUACCUGAAAUAACAGCAUUUGGGAUUACUGCCACCCUUUUGAUUUCAUAACAUGCUAAUGUAGGGAGAAAGAGAGAGAGAAAUAUACAGCUGCAUGUUCUAGUGAAUGUUGCUGAACUUAUUUUUUGUUACUUUUCCAUUCUCAAUGAAAUACUGAAGUAUGAACCUGGGCACUGCUUCCCAGGCAAACAACUAGCUGGCCCACAGUCUUCAAAGGGUAAAAUUUACUUUGGAAACAAAAUGGUUUGGAUUUCAAAAACCUGCAUUUAAUCUCACAUUCUCCACCACAGGCAAAAUAUAUUAUCCAUUGAACUGUGAAAGACUCUAGAAUAGCAGCCAGGAAUUUUACAUACAAGAAUUGGGGAUAUAUUGGUGGCGGUUUUCUGAUAAUGUCACUUAAACUGUCACAUUUUAAGAAAAAGAACACCCUGCCUCUAUAAAAUGAUUUAAUCCUUAAACUGUAUUUAUACAAGUAUUUAUUUUAUAAGGCUUAGACAUUUAAAGACUUAUAAAGAACAGUCAUGAAAAGGUAAAAGUAUGUGUAAGAAAUGUUGAGGUCCUGUGCAACACUGCAAAGUUUGUUCUUUAUUUUUUACUUUGUGCUGCUUAACAAAAGCCACUAGACUGUUACUGUCUUGUCUGUAACCGUGUUAACAGCAGUUCAUUAAUGAUGUGUAUAUGGAGUGGUCUUCAAGCAUAGUGAGCAAUUUUAAAGAGAAAGUCAAUCAUGGUGGUACUUCUAAAGAGAGAAAAAAAGAAAUUAAUAAUGGAGGACAAGUGUGUUCCUAAAUCACCUUACUGCCCAAGUUUUGCACUUGGCUAUACAAAAGAAAAGAUAAAUAACAAAUAAAAUUAAAUUUAAAAAAAAAGUAAUAUUUGUAUCUUCAGGGUAUGCACAAUAUUUAAAGAGAUCAAAAAAAAUUCCUGUUAUGGGAGAACAAUUGACUCUGAAUUUAAUUACAGAUAUGAAGAACAGCAUGUAGCUAUUUCAUUAGUCAACUGUACCCCAAAAAAUGGAAGGCCAUUUCAGAAAAUCAGGCUCCCUAGCUUACCAACUUGUUUUGAUGUUCUGAAAUAUUUGUUCUUUGUUCUUGAGUGACUUUUAUCAUGUAACAUCAAUUUUGGUUUUGAAUUAAUCUUUGUUGGCUUAGUAAUUUAAUUGUUUUUCAUUCAUCUGCAUAUAAAAAUAGCGAUGUCAUGAUACCUAACAUAGUAAUUUUAGUUUGUAUUUAUUUAGUGUUGAGUGUUUUCAUCAUUAUAUCCUGUGUCAAAUUUCAUCUGCCAGCAGUCUUCACAACAUGCAGAGAAAGCUCCAUACAUCAUGAUAGUACUCUGUGAUAAUUUAUAGAAUAAUCAUACAUGCGAUGCCCUUAUAAUGUCAACCAGCAUAGUGGGGCUUUUUUCUAAAUGAAAUUAUUCCUUAUCUACCAAGAAGCUUUCAUUAGAUGGCAUUGCGCAGCCAUAGCAGCGAAGUUUGCUCCCAGUGUCAGCAGUAUAAGUCUGAAAUAACUCUUGAUUUCUGUGGAGUACUUCAAAAUUAACAAAACAGAUGAGAAUCAGGUUAUGGUCUAGAAUGAAAACCUUUUCACUUUAAUUUUAUUUUCUUGUCCUGGUGAACACCACUGACAUCUGGGACAAGUUAUAAGCUGACACAAGUGUACUCUGCCAGUGAAAGCAACUGGCAUCCCAAAACCAGAAUAAGUGCAGGAAGGGGUAUGUCCCUUUAGGAGGGGGUAGAGAAAUACAAAAGGGUCCUUGACUUCUGUAUUAAUUGUAACAAUGGCAUUGAACAAGACUGAAAAUGUUCUCCUAUUAUAUUUCAGCUUAAACCAGUUAAGUAUUUGUAGGCAAGCUUCACCUCUCUGUAGCUCUGUUAUGUGCUACAUUUAUAGGCUGGGAAAUAAAGCACUGGCACAAGGUGUCAUUAUAUCUAUAUUCUGUUAAGGGCUUAUCACGUUAAACUGGCUCUGGUUUUGAGGUUGACUUUCUCUUUUGGAAUGGCUGCAUACAAAUUAGUGUGAGGUUUGAAGACUAAGGAUACAAAGUGAGUGUAUCUUUGCUGUACAACAAAUAUGAUCUAUAGUAUUCAGUGCUAGCUUCUGAUGUGUCAGUAAGUACAGAAGUAUCUGAGACACCUUUGCAACCCUUCAAGCUGUGUUAUAUUCAAAUGGGUUUGUAUAUACUUAAAUCAUGUAGAACGAUGUAAAACCAGUAUGACCUUGUCUAGUCUUCAAACUUAACAAUAAAACUUUUGAAAAAUGA